AUGGGCGCGCGCGCCGCGGGCCGGCCCCGGGCCCGGGCGGGGCUGCUGCUGCUGCCGCUGCUGCUCGCGCUGCUGGCGGCGGGCGCGCAGGGGGCGCGGGGCCGCGGCGGCGCCGAGAAGACCAGCUACCGCCGCGCCGCCGGCCCCUUCUGGCCCAGCGCCGCCAGCCUGCUGGGCGAGGACAACGUGCGCGCCGCGCAGAAGGUGCUGACCAGGCUCACGGAGAAGUUCGUGCAGGGCGUGGACGUGUUCCUGGAAGUGCUGUGGAAGCUGUGGGUCGAGAUCCUGGACGUCCUCGGCCUGGACGGCGCCAACAUGUCGCAGUACCUGAGCCCGGCGGCCAUGGCCGGCAGCCCCGCCCGCGCCGUGGUGUUCAUCGGCGUGCUGAUGCUGGCCUACUGGUUCCUGUCGCUGGCGCUGGGCCUGGCGGUGGCCGCCCUGCACCUGCUGUUCGGCCGCUGCUUCUGGGCGGCGCGCGUGGCUCUCUUCUCGCUGGCCUGCGUGUACGUCCUGCACAAGCACGAGGGCGAGCCCGAGGCCGCCGCCCUGCCGCUCUGCUUUGUGGUGGCCGCCUACUUCAUGACGGGGCCCAUGGGGCCCUGCUGGCGCGGCCCGCCCGGCCCCCCGCCCGGGCCUGGCCUGGAGGAGAAGCUGGAGCAGCUGGACGCCCAGGUGCGGCUGCUCAACAUCCGCCUCAGCCGCGUGCUCGAGGGCCUGGACGGCGCGGCCGGCGGCAAGUGA